CAUUCCAGUGUUCGCAUAGUGCGGACUUGUCUCUUCGCUCCCCUGCGCUUGCCAAACGCGAUGUCGACAAGUGGAGAGUUCUCAAGAAGGGUGGAGGAAGGCCACAUGAGACUGGCCGAAGCCCUGGGACUCGUGUACGCAGGACUGGCGGGCCCGAGCCGGGCGGCGGGCGCGGGGAGAGGGAGGGAAGAGACGGAAGCCGUGGACGUUGCAGUAACAGCUGGGUCCCUGAGCAGCGCCGUCAGCGAAUUGGAGGGGCUGGCUGAAUCCCUCCGCUCCCUCUACGAGGACCACGUCCACCAGCUGGAGAGAGAGCACUCUCAGUACAGGACAGACAGUGAGGGGAGAGAGCAGUCCACAGCGAGGCUACUCCGAGAGCUGGAGGGGGAGAAUGAGAGGCUGGCUGACAUCAAUCAGAGCCUACGGAGUGACCUCAAGGAGCUCCAGUCCAGAUACAGAGCUACCGAGACCUCACUCAAGGAGAAGGACAGGGAGGUGGGUGGACUGGUGGAGCAGCUGGGGGCCCAUCAGGAGGACCAGCGACAGGCCAUUGUCGGGCGGGAGGAGAGAGUGAGAGAGGCGGCGGAGAAGGCAGAGCAGUUGAGGUGGAGGGUGAGGGAGGAGGAGAGGGAGAGGGGGGAGAGGGAGAAGGAGCUAGAGGCCAGCAGAGAUAUGGAGCGGAGUCUCAGGACAGCUCUGUCAGAGGUGAGACAGCAAUUGGAGAUGACUCACCAGGAACUGGGCAAGACACAACAGGAACUCCACUCCACUGAGGCAACCCUGGCAACCACUAGUGAAGACUUUAAUAUUCUGAAACACCAGCUACAGCCAAAGGAAGAAGAGCUGCAGGCUCUGCAGGAGAAGAUAGCCGACAGAAGUCAGCAGCUGAUGGAACUUCUUGACAGACGCAGCGGAGACUACUCUCGGCAGGUGCAGGAAGAGAUUCUGGCCCAGAGCCGAGCUUACGAUGACCUCCUGAGAAAGAUCACUGACCACACCCCCAGUGCCCCACCCACCUCCGACCAACCCCUCUCUCCCUCCCGCCCCCUCGAGCUGGCCAUCUGUCUCCGAGACUUUCUCAACCCCCACCUCCUCCCUCCCCUCCCCUCCUCCUCCUCACCCUCCUCCCCUCUCUCCUCUCCUCGUCUCCCUCGCAAUGACACAGUCACUACUGCCUACCAGCGCUACUGCAACACCUUCACUGACUUCACACAGAGAGUGAGAGUGGGAGAGUUCAGGGCGUGCCCAAGGAGCAGACUGCGGCUCCACAGACUGCAACAAUCGAGGCACCAGUUCAUGGAGAUCAUCCUCAGACCUGCCCCCGGACUCAUGCUGGACGAGUCUCCACUGUGCGAUGUAAUUACACUGAUGAAGGGGGUCGCCAAGAAAUUAGCACUGGCCCCCAACUCUCUCCUGGUCUACACUGUGGACAAAACUAGAAUCAGGGGAACAGCUCUGAGGUAAUGACCACACCCCUUUUCAUUGGCCACACCCUCUCCUACGUUGACCACACCAACUUCAUGGACCCAUCCAUUGUGGGUGUUGCGUAAAGCCCUCAGUCCGACCCUCAAAUACGAGGCAGACUCCCUCCUCUCCGACAUCUCUCUCGCUGGACAUCGACUGGCCUUCGUCUCCAUGGCCGAGCCCCUCGGGUCCACCCUCACCUCUGGAGCAGAUGGGAGUCGGUUCACAGGAGAGUGGUGGGGCGACUGGAGGAGACUCCGACGGUUGACGUGGGGAGGGAGGAGGAGGGAGGAGGGGAAGGGAGAGGGAGAUCUGACAGUAUGGAUAUGGUGGACCUGGAACCAUCUAAACCGACCUCCCAGCUACUGGCAGGGGCUAGCAGCGAGAGGGAAGCUGAAGAGAGACAUUCUAAUGGGCGGGGCCGAGGGAAAUAGGCGUGGCCAGGAGGGCUGGGUUUCACAUCAAGGCUCUGGUGACGUUAAUGUUCACCAGCUGUAUUCCCGGUAACCGUGGCAACACCCACUACCAACACUUGGAGGAGGUUCAUAGCAACUACGUCACAUGACGACCACGCCUUUCAAAGCCACACCUCCAAUACAUGAAAUUGAUCUUUUUUUCUUUUUUAGCGUUUUAUAAACCAAUUUUAUUCUUAUUAUAUUAUACAAUGCAUAAGUGAUAAAUGACACUCUAUAGAGGACAGUAUAUAUAUAUACACGAACGUAAAGCAUGUAAAAAGCUAGUGGUGGUGGUGUGUAACAGGUCAUAAUCAUAAUAAUUAUGGAGUCACACACAGGUGUCAGUCAAGAAAGUGAGUUAGAAGAGUUACGAGUGAAACUGUAAGGACGAGUGGC